AUGGUGUAUCGGAAGCACUGGGGCGAGUUUAAACAGGACGCGCUCGCGCUCUAUGCCAAAGCGCCGGAGCGGGCGCGUCUCGUCGUCAAGGCGCGGCCAAGCACGCAGAUGCUCGUGCUCAAGCUCACGGACGACCAUGUGACGCUCAAGUACCGUGCCAAGUCGGCGAUUAUCCUGAACCGUCUUGACGAGUUCCAGCGCGAGCUGUUUGAAAAGAUGUCGGGCGUUGCGCCCGCACCCCAAAAGCGCGAGGAGCCGGCGGCGCCCCCCGCGCCGGCCGCGCCGGCCGACGCUGCGCCGAAGCAGGGCGGCGGCAAGAGCAAGAACAAGAAAAAGGGCAAGAAGAAGUAG